UUCCACUAAAGAUUGUGUCACGUGUGUAGGUUAAAGUUACAUACAUAUACCCAUGUAUCUUACAUAUAAAGUUGUGUGGGACAAGAUAAAUCGUGUUAUUACGAAUUAAAAAAUCCAACACAUUAUUACGAUAUCGCUCCGAGAGAGUGAUACCUCAGCGGAGACUGUAGAUUCAUCUUGUAACCUGUAACGCCUAGAAUUAGCUAGCGCUAAUUCUAGCUCGGCGCAUGUCAGUGACGUUGCACCUUUGACAUUGGCAUGAAGCAUGAGAGUAGCUGACAAACUAUACUCUUGUCUGUUUGAAACAGAAACGUUUAGCGUUUGAAUCUAAUCGAGAUCUCAAACCGACUGUGUCCAUAUCUAGAUGACAGUACAUAUUCGCUUACGGUUGUAACGUUAUGGCUCUUCUAAACCGCCUCGCAAAAUGCAAAUACAUGCAUCUUGCAUGUCAUGCUCUGCGUGUGAAUGCGACGUCGUUUACCCAACACAGUGCAUUCAGCGUAUCAGCGGUGUCCGCUGCCAUACAGAAGAUGACCAGAGUACGUGUUGUGGAUAACAGUCCGCUUGGCAACACCCCUCACCAUCGUGCACCAAGGGUCAUCCAUGUGUACACCAAGAACGGCGUGGGGAAAGUAGGAGACAAAGUUCUGCUUGCCAUUAAAGGACAGAAAAAGAAGGCACUUAUUGUUGGACACAAGAUGCCCGGGGAACGCAUGACGCCACGUUUUGAUUCCAAUAAUGUUGUCCUGAUUGAGGACAAUGGUAAUCCGACAGGGACCAGAAUAAGGGUCCCUGUGCCUACACAUCUUCGUAAACUGGAGGGAGACUACUCCAAAUUGUUGGCAAUUGCUAGCAGAUUUGUAUAGUAAGCAACCAUGCAAACAAUGAUGCUGUCACUAUUUCAUUCAUUGUUCUUCCUGUUUUGUAAUAAGAUUGUAUGCUUCAAUGUCUCUAUAUUCUGGUUAACAAACGCAUUAUCAGUAUGUCUACUUGUUUCAUAUAUUUAAAUUUAAACCUUUUUAUUCAUGUUAAACUGUUCUUUAUUUGG